CAACUGCGCAAGAUAUUAUAAUACUACAUAUGUAGAGAUAUUGUUUCAUUGACAACAUAUAAAUAUUUUUAUACUAGUAAUUGGCCGCAGAAUUACAGCACCAAUAUUUAAAAAUGAAGUUUUUACAUGGCAAAGUGUUUAUUGUUGCAGUGAUUAUAAUCAUUGUAACGGUUUGCUUCAGUGACGUGACGAGUCAAGGACAAGACUGUCCGAAUGCUGAAGUUCCCUUACUGAACAGUAUGGAUGCACCACUCGUCGCAAAACUAGACAUGGCUAAAUUAUCAUCGCAACUAAAAGUAUACAUUUACGAAGAAAUACGGAAGGUUCUUGACUACACAAUGAAGGAUAUCAUAUCUGAUAUUGAAAAACUAAAGGAUGAAACAAAACAGUUGAAUGUCAUCAUUGAAGAGAAAGUAAAAAAUGUAACGACGGAAUUGACAGAAAACCUUAGAACACCAACAGUGACCUUUAAAGCACGUGAUUUGAAAUUUGAUAGAAAUGUAAUAGGAAAGACUUUUGUAUUCCCAAACAUGAUAGUGAACUAUGGCGGUGGAUAUGACAACACAACCGGUGUAUUUACAGCUCCUUAUUCUGGAAUGUAUCUGCUCUCUGUACAGUUAUGUCCUGAAAUGAAUGACUCCAUUCAUGCACAUAUUAAAGUUAAAAAUGGGAAAAUAUUGGCAGACUUGAACUUCAGAAACAGCGUCGGCGAACAUGGACCUUGCGUAUCUUCCAAUGGAGUAGAUUUUCUAACAAAAGGCGACAAAGCAUGGGUUUUCUGUACUCAUGCAAAUUCUAAUGGAGAUGUGAUUUAUAUUGGAGGUCAUGGAAACAGUUUUUCUGGAACUCUGAUACACAGAUAAGGACAAGUUUCCUGUCAUGUUUACGCUUCGCUCCUUUUGCUUAGCCGCCCUUGCUUGCAUAUAAAUUCUAUAUCAGUCGCAUUCGGUUCAAAGAUUGAUGAUAAGCAAACAAAUUUUCAUCAAUAUUAGUUUUCAAUAGGAUUUCUAACUUAAUACACAAUAGAUAUAAGAAGAUGUGGUAUAUGUGCUAAUGAUACAAUUUCCCAUGCAAGUCAUAAUUUGUUAAAGUAAACCAUUAUAGGUCAAAGUACGGUAUCAACAAAGCAUUGAUUGAUAAUGAAAGACACACAUAGUAGAUUUCCUGAAAUUGUAUGUAAAGCUUCAAAUUUGUAAAUAUUUGUAAGUAGUAAAGUGUAUCAUAUUUGCUCACUACACUUCAUAAAUAAAUGUUUAUAAACACAUUAAACUUCUUAUUUUUCACAACAGUUUGUAGUAAGAUGUAAGUAUGGUUAACAGUUAUCCAUUACGCGUUAGUUUCAAUGUCUUUCUCUUCUUCUUGCGAACAUAAAGACAAUUUCGCCUCAUACCCUUAAUCACAUUAUAUCGAUGCGUUUCCUUGUUUUUAUACUGCAGCAUAAUCGAUCUAAAUAAAAAAAAAUAACCUUUUACAUUACAGUUUAUAUCUUUUUGUCGAAGAGUACUUUAUUGACACAUAUAUAUGCAACCAUCUUUACUGUAAGCCAAAUUAUGUAAAAUCAACAACCCCAGAUAUGCAAACUAAAGUUAUAAAAUUACGAAAAUAAAUCUCAAAUUCGUCUCGAAAAGUCUUUAGGAUGAUGGUGGAUAAGAAAAUGUAUGAAAUAAAACAUUACCAAAAGAACGACUUAUUACAGAGUUCGGUAUUGUUGUUAUUUUACGUUUUCGGGGUAUAAAAUGUCUGCAAUGUAGACGACCUUAUUUGUGUCUUUUAUUAUAAAUCUAUAACAAUAAAAUCAUGUACAAUGUC